CGACAGGUGUCGAAGGUGUUGUUUGCCUGCGAUUAACAGACUACAUAUACUCGACAACUCGGACCUGAGUACGACUCACCGCAUCAUGAUCUCCUUUCCAAAGCAAUGACCCCUCUGCGCACGACUCUUCCGAUGCCCUCAUCAUGUGGAUCCUCGAGUCGAAUGGCGACUUUCUUCAAGGCAAACGCAUGUGGUUGAAGCCUGGCCAGAAAUAUUUGUUCGGCCGAGUACGCAAAGAUGGGGUGCUAUUUGCCAUCGAUCACAAGACGGUCUCGAGGAGACACUUUGUCAUAGAGGUGGACGAUGUCGCGGAUGGAGACGCCGGUAAUCUUCAUGCAAGAACAAAGAUCAGGAUCAUUGACCAGGGCUCGAAAAGUGGCACGUCAGUGAACGGCGAUCAACCCAUAAAAGGCACGUCCAAGGAGUUGAAGCAGGAGGAGAAUUCGGUCCGACCAGGCACUUUCCCGCAGGAGAUCAUCAUCAAAUGGCAACCGUGUGUCCUCACUUUCAGUUUACUCAAGAAAGAGAUCAAAUCUGGAGUCCUCAAGACCAAGCAGGCCAAAGUCCAAAACCUCGAUAUCAAAGCCACUAGCGAUUUCCUUCCCGGGCAUACGACGUACGUGAUAGCGAGCAAGCGGAACACUGCCAAAGGAUUGCAGGCUUUGGUCACAGGAAAACAUGUGGUUACAGAGUCAUACAUCGAUGCGCUGGAGUACGCUGCAACACCUCAAAAUAUCAGUCAAGAAGAAAAUUUGUCUCCGUUAGAAAGCGACUUUGAUACAGCGUGGCCAGAUCCGAAGGACUAUCUCCCGCCACCAGGAAAGGAGCCCACCAUCAGGCCAGCGGAAGCAUAUCAACCAGACCACUCGCGAGCAACAAUCUUCGCAGGUUACACCUUUGUCUUCCUAGAUCAAACACAGUUCGACACUUUGUUGCCGGUCAUCACGAGUGGCCAUGGCAAAGCGAUUCUGUUAAAAGCAGUCAUUGACCAGACCACCUCGGACGAUCUUAUCGAGUUUGUUCACAAUGCUGCUGGACGGAAAGCGAACGCACAGAGCGACCAUCCCUCUGAAGCUAAGGUUAUAUUGGUCCGGUGGUCUGGGAAAGAGGACAUCCAAGAUUUUAUGAAUGACUUAGUACGCGAGACAGCCAUGAAGAUGGACCAGCGAGCUGUUGAACAGUCCGAAUUCCUAGACGCCAUUCUUGCAAAUGAUGCUGGACUGCUCCAACAAAGCAUUCCCUUCGAAAGUACAGAUGAUGGAAGAUUGGCGCCUCCGAACUCCGUGGUGACAAGACAGUCUAGUGGAGCACAGGAAGAUUUCGCUCUCCAGAGAUCUGCCUCCAGAAGGUCACGACCUGCCACGGCCUCGAGCAACGCUGCCCUAGGGAAGGAGGGAGAGCUGGUAUCUGGCGAGUCCGCUCAAAAUGCCGAAACAGCCCCGGCAGUUGUCCCGUCUGAAGAGAGCAGUAAGGCUGAAAGCGCUCCCAAGCCAUUUUCAGGCCCUCGAUUCACACAAAAGAGUGGUUUCAAGUAUUUUGAUGAUGCUUUUGAUCCUGAUGAAAUCAUUAAUUAUGAGGGUGAUGAGGCAGAGGCAGAUGCAGCGAUGCCGAGCCCUGCCACCCACGUCGAGACAUCUGAUAUCAAGGAAGAGCCUCGAUCGGAGAGGAAAAGGCGUCAUCGUUCUCCGACUCCCGAUGACGAUGAUGCAUUUGACGAAGAGAUGGAUGACCUUCUCCCUGCGGCUGCUGCUUUCAAAAGACAGAAAUUAGCACACGGCCUUGGACGAGUCGGGACAAGAUAUUCAGGGACAAGCCAAGAGGCUGCUAAGAAGCUCAAGAAAGAACGUGACAUUGAUGUUCUAGAGGUGGUCAAAGCCCAACGAGACGAACGGGAGAAAGCCGCACAACAAGAGCAAGAACAUCUCGAAGCCAUGGGUGACGUCGAAGACAAAGCCGCCCCCGCCAAUCUCGUUACUGUGGUUAUCAUGAACAUGCCUUUGAGAGAGCGAUCCAAGAAUAUUGGCAAGGUCAAUGGUGUUCAAUCAGAAAGUUGGGAUCCGAAAUGGAAUGGUCGGAAGAAUUUCAAAGGGUUUCGUCGAAAGGGCGAAGCUGUGCAACGAAGAGGCCAUGCUGCGAGGGUCAUCGUACCAGUUGUUCCAGUUCAGAUGGGUACUCAGGGCUUGGGUGAGGAGUACUGGUCCAAGACCACCGAAGAGAGAGAACGGGAGAGAGAGCAGAGGAGAAGAGAAAAGUCCAAGAGUCAGACACAACAAUCGAGUGGCACUCUCAGUGGCAGGUCUCGGACCAGAAUAGUUUUGGACGAGGACGACGACGAGGAUGAAGAUGACGCGGGCGGAGUUCGGCAUGAUCGGAACGAACCGACAAGUCCUGCCACACUUCGUUUGCAGCAAGAAGCUGCUGAGAUUGUCGACCACGAAAUCAAUCCUGACGCUCCCAGACGGACUCGUGCUUCCGACAGGAGCCAAGCCACAAGUCGGGUUGAUACCACGCAAGCGAGUGUCUCUUUGUCAUCGUCGCUUGCCAAGGGAAAGAGACCUGCGUCUUCUGCCCCCGCCGCGAACAGGCCGAAACGACAAAAGACACUCCCUGUCAAUGUCGUACGCGACAGUGAGGACGAUGACAGCGACGAUAUGAAGUUUCGGUUCGGUUCGAGGGCUCGCAAGGGCAGGACAACUGCAAAAGAUUGAUCGAUGUUGAUGCGAAAGAUGAUUUCGCCUGUUGAUCAAUUGAU